AUGUGUUCUAAAAAAGAAUCUAAUGAACAAAAGGUAGAAAUAAAGACAUUUGAAGAUUUCUUUGAACUAAUGCAGUAUCCAGACAAAGAUUUAAGAGUAAAAUAUGGUAAGUGGCAACUUUCUAGGGAAAAUAAGACAUAUAUUUCAAAUUCCACUGAAAAUGACAUGUCAAAUUAUAACUUCAAACAAAAUACUUAUAAACCUUUUGUAAAAAGUUCUUUUUUCCAUGAAAACAACAGAAAUAUAGACGAAUCAUACUUUAACAGUAAAUUUUUGUUCAGCAAUAGAUCAACUGAGUCAAAUGAUAAAAAAAUUUCUAAAAAUAUUGAAAGAAACUUAGAAGUGGUUGUUAAAAGAAAAAGAUCAAUGAAGAAUGUUAAUUUGUCAAAUUCACGGUCAUUAAAGUUAACUAAAAUGAAACGACCAGUUGGAAUAACAAAAGCAAUCAACAACAAUAUAAAAAGUCAAGAGUAUUUAAGCAACGAAUUAAAGAAAAACAAUCUUAUUGAGAUACCAGAAAGUAUAUCAAAUGAAUCUAUGUUACAGCCAGUGGAAAGUCGGGGAAUAGAAUUAUCAUCAGAUUUCAAACCUGAAGUGUCAUUUGCAGAAAUGAUUUAUCAAGCUUUGUUAUCUGCACCUGACAACAAGAUGAGAUUGUGUGAGAUAUACGAUUGGAUACGUAAAAACUAUCCCUACUAUAAAGAAGCAUCACCAUCUUGGAUGAAUUCUAUAAGACACAAUCUAUCAUUGAUAGAACAAUUUGAAAAAGUACCAAAACCCAAAAAUUUAAAAGGAAAGGGUGGUUUUUGGCGAUUGAAAAUUAAUUCAUAA